AUGGAUCAAAGUCGACGGGAAAGAUAUUGGAACGUGGCAGAGGUAGCUGAGUAGGUGACACCGUGACAAAACAAACACAAAGCCAGGAAGAAUGAUCAUUAGCACUAACACCACCUGCUGUUUACCAGUGUUGAUGCAAAAUCUCAAAGGCCAGAACUCACUGGCAUGCAGGAGCUCUGUACAGGACACAAUGCCAUCAUGCGUCCAACUCCUACCUCCCCCAGUGUCAGAAUUCCUAUGCCUAUCUCCAGAGAUUAUUUAUAGAUGCUGAGCAACACUCUGUGCCUUUGAGGCUAGAGCUGGAAUGAGUUAACCCCCCCCCCCCCCCCCCCCCCCCCCUCAAGUAGGCUAUCACUCGUAUCCUGAUUUCAACUGGCCUCGCAUUAAAUGUGUGUGAGUGUGAGUGAAAUAGAAUGCAACUGCAGAUUCUACAUAGUGUAUAGUUGAUGCUAGAAUGAAUGUGUUUACAUCGAUUAUUUUAGGUGAUGAAAUGUGUGAAAAGGUUCUUAUUUGGGUAUGUCUUUCAUGCAAAUAUCUGCACACUUGUAUUUUGUGUUAUUGGCGAUGGUUAAGUUGUAAAGUUCUGGUGAAAUACAAGAGCGCAGCAGUGCAACUUCUAAUGUCAACAUAUUACAUAUUAUAUAUAAAUGCUUUAUGAUUAGGAUAGGCUAUCUCAUCAAGUUGGAUGAAUCAUGACUCGAAGAAUCAUGCAAAUAGUUAGAGAAAAAUACAGUCAAUAUGCGUUUACCUCUCUCUCCACUCACUUUCCUCUCACUCUUCUUCCUUAUCUUUCUUCGUUUCUUUCUUGGCUUUCUUUCGCUUUGUUGAUUUUCUCUCACAGGUUGCUCUCUCUUCCUCUUUCCUCUGUCCCUCUGUCCUCUGUCUGUCUGUCAGUGCACUGUAGUUCAGUGUUUGAGUGAGUCAGGGUCCAACCAAGUCUAUGAAAUGAAACCCCCUCCCUCCCUAAUUUCCAGCUCCCACCCCCUACAACUCCAAAUACAGGCACCCCCUCCCUCCCUACCAAAAAUACUCCAUAUGUUGCCAGCCCUCUGCCAUCCCACCCCCUUCAGUCACUCGGAUAUGCCAAUAUGAUGUGCUCAAGUUUCUGUUGUCUCACAGUCUCUCUCUCUCUCUCUCUCUCUCUCUCUCUCUGUGUUGUGUGUGUGUGUGUGUGUGUGUGUGUGUGUGUGUGUGUGUGUGUGUGUGUGUGUGUGUGUGUGUGUGUGUGUGUGUGUGCACGCAUCAGGAAGAGGCUCUGGUGCUAUUUUAACAAAGUAGUGGAAAAACUUUGUGGAGUUGUGUAAUGUUGACACACCGAAUGUUGUAGAGAUUCUAUCAACAGGAAAGGAGGCAUGCACUAUGACACUGACAACAAUAUAAUUGUAUUGAUUAUUAAUACAUUAGCAUCUCAAUACCAGUAUUGUAAGGGCAAUAACUAAUGAUGGUGAUGGUAAAAAAUGAUUGAUAAAAACUGUAAGAUGUAACAUUUCUAUAGGGCCAUAUCAGUACAUUAUCACCAAUAUCAUUAUGAUGUCACAAAGCAUAUUAAAGGCCCAGUGCAGUAAAAACGUGAUUUUCCUGUGUUUUAUAUAUUUCUACACUAUAAGGUUGGAAUAAUACUGUGAAAUUGUGAAAAUUAUGAUAAUGCCCUUUUAGUGUAAGACAGCGGUCCCCAAACUAGGGGUUGCGAACCUGAUAUGAAAAUGGGGUCGUGGGAGAAUUUCCAAAAUCCUGAAAAAUAUAAUGUGACAUUAUACAUUUUAGUAGACACUCUUAUACAGAGCGACUUACAGGAGCAAUUAUGGUUAAGUGCCUUGCUCAAGGGCAAAUCAACAGAUAUUUCACCUAGUUGGCUCAGGGAUUCGAAUCAGAAACCUUUUGGUUGCUGGACAAAUGCUCUUAACUGCUAGGCUACCUGCCGCCCUGAUAAUAUCGCCUUUGUCUCUCAAAAUCAUUGUAAUGUGGUUAACCUUAAAAAUGGAAAUGAAAAUUGUUCAAAUCUAAAAGUAAAAAUUCAACCAGAGAGCGCCCUUAUACAUACACCGAGAGCAACUGGCGAUAUGCAGCAGGUAUCUUCGAUUGUAAACUACAUCACAGGCCUGUUCGCAAAACUAUGUGGAGAUAUGGGAUCAGAGCAUGACAAUGUGACCAAAUGCUUCAGACAACACAUGAAUUGGUCACUAUGGAGUCUUCUUUUUGACCAUUUUAAUUGAAAUCAAUCAAAGUAAGGUACUUCAUUGUUACCCAGAAAAUAUUUUAUAUUGAUAUAAAAACGGCUGCAUUUGGACCUUUAAAACUCAAACAGGUGUCUGGUUUAUCCUUUGUCAGCUGUUUUACUGCGUAGUUCCGUCAAUCUCCACGUCAACUGCAGGCUGACUGAAGCAGUGGAUAUGACGGCGCUGACCCACUACUACUGUAAUGAAGCAGCUUCCGGGGCACAGGACACCAGCACUAAACAUGGCGGAGGAGCUGUUAGAAGUGGUGGAGAGACUUCAGUCUCGGCUCUCCGAAAACCUUGAGCCUCGCAAGGUAAUAAUCGAAAGGCCCAGAAUGGAACCGCAAGGCUGUAGCGGAUUGCUUGCGCUAGCUAGAAUGUUUUCAAAUAUUGUCGCGUGGCAGGUAGUACCGCGAAUGUAGCUAACUACUGCUUUUUCUAAGAUCACGUCACGAUAUGUAACUUAGCCAACUAACGUUAACAGGGUUUCUUAACCAUAGUUCAUGUUAAGUUUAACCUAGUCCUCGAGCUACCUGCCAAGUCCGUAGAACUGUACUUUAUGCAAUGGAGCCAUUGUAGCUAACGGACACUGCCACUUUCAAAUGCUAAUACUUUAGCCAGCUAGCUAACGUUCAAGAAACGACAACCAAAACGAUUGUAAUUUAUAAGCUCCGCGAUCGAGUGACAACAACAUAACAGCAGCGCGGGCCUAGUUGUUAGAUUAUUGCACUUCACUCAAUGGACCAGUCCAAGUUUAAGGGCAAAAACAAUAUAUUGGGUCUUGAUGCUUUAUUGUGAUAUCGACCGUUUCUUCAUUGUGUCUCAUUGAACAACGCAAUCCCUGCACACACUGCAGUGUCGUGGUGGAUUUUUGUCAGCUGAUCAACUUUAGUAAACACAACCCCCUCACCGGAUAAGUGUAGCUAGCCUACCCCCUCAACCCCCUCACAUAGGCCACGACAACGGACAAAUCUUGACGAGCCAUGACAGUGCGCAAUUUGGGCACAUUUGUCCAUUUCUGGUUCAAAUACAGUCUGAAAGUACUGCACAGUUUGACAUAUAGCCUACAAAGUCAAACUACCAGUAGGCCUAAACUUUUACACAGCUAGUGUACAGCUUCACACAGUAGACCCAUGUCGUCAAUGCUGUGAUUUUGUAAAUAUUGUUAUGUCUCUAUAUUUUCAUUCAUUCAAUGAUCAGGAGCCUUGAAUUAACCUGACUGUUACCUUUUAACCAGCUAUAUAUAUCCUCCCUUUUGGCAUACCUGAAUUGUGUGUACUUUGCUAGUGUGCAGACUGUACUGUAAAUCUUCUGUAUUUGCGCUAUCUAGCUCCUGAAGACCCUCAAAAGGCUGGGGGAGCUGCCUAUGACUGUGGAUAUCCUUGUGGUAAGAUUUUGAAACAAUGUAUGGUCCUGUGUGGCUCAGUUGGUAGAGCAUGGCGCUUGCAACGCCAGGGCUGUGGGUUCGAUUCCCACGGGGACCAGUAUGGGGGAUUAAAGCAUGAAAAUGUAUGCACACUACUUUAAGUUGUUCUGAAUAAGAGCGUCUGCUAAAUGACUAAAAUGUAAAAAUGCUCAUAUCACGAUUGUGAUAGCAUCUCUUUUUUUAGUCUCAAAGACCCACACUGAUUGCAUUGCGCCAUAGUUUCUCACUCACUGCCCAGUGUUCUUUAGAAGAGGAAGCCAAGUACAGUCUCUGGUUUUGCAACCGGAUGAUGUGGCCCUCUGUAGCCAGCUGCCCUAUAGGAGUUGAUGUGCUGUUCAAUAUUGUCAAACAACCUUCAGAACAUGCUCAUUUCCUUUUAUGAUGGGCAAUAAUGCUAAUGUGGCCUGUUUUAUGUGCACUACUAAGUGUACUGACCUGCUCACUUAACCAUUAGAGCUCCUGAAUCUAUAUAAACCACCCACGUUGCUCUCAAUGACACGCAUGACACCAGUGUCAAAACAUAAUGUACUGAUAAUGAGGACACCCUGUUACUAUCUAUGUUCAGCUUAUAUUUUGUUCUCUUCUGUGCAGGAAACUGGAGUAGGAAAAACAGUGAAUUCGUUCCGGAAACAUGAUCUUGCUGGAGAUCUUGCGAAGAGCCUUGUGGCCAAGUGGAAGAAACUGGUUCCUACCCCGUCUGCUGAAAGGUAUGUUAUUACUGAGGGAUUUGGGGAUUUCUUCUGAUUCUUCGUCGUCUUCUUCAUUUUCUUCGUUGUCUUAGCGUAUUUGCAUCUGAAUUCUACUGAAGUGUAGCUUUAAUGUUUUUCUUCUUCCUCGCAGACCCGGCAACACCAAGGACGUUCGAACACACGCGCACCCUCGCAGCUCCGAGGGAGCGGACGUGAGCCGCGAACAUGUCCGGGAACUAUCCCCGGAGGAGCCUCCUCAUGUAGAGGAGGACGAAGAGGAGGAGAUGAUGGAGGAGGAAAGAGGCUACCGCACUAACUACUCCCCCUCCCCCCCUCAGCACCACUACAGCCCCCCACAGCUUAGCCACGGCAGCCAACGAGGGGGGUACCAGUCGGAGGGCUACGAGAGCCCCAUGGAGGAAGAGCAGGAGCCCGCGCCCAGCCCCCCGCGCAAAGAGGUCCGACACGCCAAACCGCUAAAAGAGCCUGGCAGGGAGCAUCACGGUUCCCACGGCGACCGGGACGAGGAGAGGCGGCGACGUCACGCCCAGGCAAGCGGCGGUGGUGGUGGUAGCGGCGGCGAAGGGAAGAAGAGCAGCGUGGAAAAGGAACCGCAGCACAGUGGCAAGGCCUCCAAGCACAGUCGGCACUCCACACAGCACGAGCGCAAGAAGGACAAGAGAGGGGGAAGUGAUGGUGAGUGUGCUGCCGAGUGAGUUUGCUGAGAGAAGUUCGCUGUGAAUUCUGUGUCAUUGUGACAUUUACAGAGAGGCUGGUUCUCAAAUUACAUCCUAUUCUAUAGAUGACUAUUUCAAGCUUUGAGUCAGUGUUGGUCUGUAAAUAGAUGGUUUUCCAAUCAUGUAUUAUAUUUAUACAUGUGGGAUAAUGAGAACUUUACUGUAUUGUGGAUAUGAUGACCCAUGGUCUUUUUCAUCAGCACUCUGUAACAGUACUGCUAUGGUUGAUUAAAAGAUGCAGUGAUAGUUACCAUUUUCCCAUUAAUUUGACCCCUAAAGAUGUGGGUUGUUUUCACCCACUUCCCCCCCCCCAUCCCAUAACAUCCUUCAUUCCUUGUUCUCUUUAUUCUCUAGGGAGGUCACGUGAGCCUAGGGACUCAUCUAUAUUAGCCCAGGCGCCUGAGGAGCAGGCGGAAGAGGCAUUUGAUACCCCCACCAUGUCAUUUGAAUCCUUCCUCACAUAUGACGCACCUACGCCCACUAAGAAGAAGAAGAAGCCCGGCAGCAGCAGUCGGCCCUCCUCCCACCACCACACACCUCCUCGUCCGCCUGUCCAGCCUUCGUCUGCUGGUCCUUCCUCCUCCAAAGAGUCCAAGCCCAGCAAGGCCAAUGGGAGCCGCAGCAAGAAGGCUGAUCCAGCCCAGACCCCGAGGGCAACGACCCCGGUGCCUGAGAAACGCAGGAGGGUAAGAACAGACUUUCACUGAACUUUUCCUCUCACUCGAUCAUGCGUAUGUUCAAUUGGAGAAUGUUAUAUUUGCUGUCAGAUUUUUGGGGGCUGGACAGUAAGUCCUUAUGAUCGUGUAUGGUUUUUAUUAACCAGUUGCCCUGACCCUGAAGUUCUCAUAUUAUUAUGAGACGUUGUUCUCAGGUUCUUGACUGAACUCUUCCUCUUUAAUGUACUCUUUCUUUUACCCCAGGUGGUCGAGGUUGUGUCCACACUUCCUGAUAUCCCUCUGCCGGCCAUCCAGCCUUACUACAGACCUCUGCCUUCCAUUGAUCUCACACCAUUGUCCCCUCAGCGGCGCAAAGGUACAAAACAUUUUUUGGGUUCUUUCUAGGGCUGUGGCGCUCAUGAAAUGUUGUUAGCCGGUGAUUGUCAUUCAAAUAACUGCCCUACUCACGGUAAUUGACUGUUAAUUAACAUAAACACAUUUAGCAUCUCAGGCUUCCACGCAUAGCCUACAAGCCACGGAUGUGGACCUUUUGGAACAUCCUACAUUUAAAAAAAAGUAUAAUAAAUCCAUUUAAUAUAGCCUACACCAUCACAAUAAAUCCAUUAUUUUAGGCAGGUCUAAAGAAACAUUAUGAUAUGAAGAAAAUGUAGCCUAUUUCAGAAGAACAGAAUAGCAUAUUCUGAGUCGUCCUCAUGUUAGGCCCUGAUCUGGCUAUGCCAUAUGGCUGUGGGCUACACUAGUUCAUUUAGCAGGUAAGAUUUGCUUAGAAUUCCCUUGGCAUUAUUUCAUAGUAAGAACAAUACAAUUGAACAUAGCUGAAUGAAAUAGAAAGGAUAUUUUUCCCUAAACGAUUUUUGAGGGAGUGCGCACAUGCGGCUAUUCUGUGUUGAGCGGUUAACAAAGAAACAGGUCCUUCUAUAUGCUUAAUUUAGAGUUAUUUAUGCAACUUUAGUUAUGUUUUGAUUUCUAAUACAUUCUAAGGAUGCAUGAUGCGACUACUUAUGAUUUGAAAAAAGUUGCAUGAAAGGGAAGCGCUCUGCUCUGUUUCUUGUGCAGGCUGCACACACUCUUAUUCACAAUUUGACAAGCACUUGAUAAUAUGCUCACGCAGUAUUCUCAAUUGAAUCUGGUCACAUAUAGCCUACUAAUAUAUGUAUGGAAUUAUUUUUGAUUUAGAAUGGCCCACAAAAAAAGUCAUCCAUAGCCUGCACUCGAAUAGGGAAUGGUUACGUGCAGUACUUUUUUAAUAUGCCAGGUAGGCUACACUGCUUAAUUUAAGAAUUUAGCAAGAAAUAUAGCAGCAUGAGAAAGCUGGGAUUUGCUUUUAUUAUAUAGUGGUCAGUCAAAACUCUUGUUUCACACGCGAUUGCGCAAUGACUGGGCUUAUAAAUUGAAAUAAUUUAGAAGCCCAGUAAUAUAAUUUAGCCGCAGAGGAUCAAUAGCUUCUUUAUUUAUUUAUUUUUGCCUAGCUGUGGCUUGUGUGUAGCCCAAUAACAAGGCAUAGCCUACAGCCAGGAACGUGCAGCAAUUCUGUCAGUGAACAGCAUGCAGACUAAACAGGCCUUUCGCACAAUUUCAAAUACAGUCGUGGGAAAACACAGGUUGGAAAGCAAAUGGCUCCUGCAGACUCUAAUCCGUAUGCUGUAAGCUACCAAAAUAUUUGAUCAACUUCCAAAUAUUAUUUUUGCAAAGUAAAACAAGCGAGAUAGUCUUUUGGCAUCAUUGGAGUCAGUGAAAUUGGAAAGCAUUUUUAGGACUAUAAUUAGCCUACAAUAUGAGCGUCUCUACACACACCUACUGUAGGCCUAGGCUAUUGAUGGAUUCAAGACAAGGUCGUUUUUAUUGAUCUCCGAUUCUCAGUUUGUCAGUGUCAAAGUAGCCUGUCAUUUAGAUCAUUUGUGCGGUAUUAAAAAAGAUUCUGCCAGUCUCCAGUCAUGUAAAAUGACUUAGAAUUGCAUGAAAUGCGUUUAUAAAAGGACACAUUUUUCUGGGAUCUUAGGCUACUAAAAUUUUUCCCUAUGUUUGCAACUUCUGUAAGUGCCUCAACUAUUCUCCUCUAUGCCAUUACGCUAAUGCGAUGAUGAUAUGCAUGCAAUGCUUUAUUAUAAAGGUGACUACAAUAAAAAAAAUUAAUUAUCAUGCGGUACCUCAGAGCUCCCCAGGUCACCCCCCCCCCCCCCUCCUCUUGAGCUCACUAUUUGUUCCGGCACCUCCCGAUUUUACAAAUCAAGCACUGGUCUUUACGUAUACUAAAUAAUAUGUGUGAAAUUAGUUGUGAUUUAGAAUGGGCCAUUAUCAUGCACCUGUCGGAACAGGGGUAGGGGAAAAAAUCUCUCAUCUCAUCCAUAUGCACUUGAAUAGCAAAUGGAGGACACUUUUCCCGCGGUUCAUUUUCAUGCCAGCCAGGUAGGCUACUCCAGUUGUAAAGCAAACAAUGUGCUUAAUAUAUGGAAAGUUGAGAAAUAAAUAUAGUAGGCCUAGCCAAUAGAAAGCUGACGGGAUCCUCUUUUUUAAACAUAUUUUAUUCCAUGUGUCAACCAGCUAUGAGGAGCUAGCUCUCUGCGCAACAGCUGAUCCUAUUCCGCUAAAACUCUGAAUGCCAGUGCUCUCAUGAAGUGUUUGAUUUGAUUUUUGAUUGCAUUUGCAUUGAUGUCAGAGUGAUUUAGAGGGACAAUAGCGCGCUGAGUACCAGCCAUUAGCAACUGGCCGUUAGCAUGUUUGGUAGGCUACUAAUGACCAUCAGAGGCAUCAGAGCGCAGUUUUGGAGAAGCCUAGUUACCGUGAUCCAACAGUCACAUGGAAUUUGACUGCGGUCAUGACUCCUGACUGCCGGUGUGGCAGUAGUACGGUCAGCGUAACAGCCGUAGUCCUUCACACUGUGUGUAUAUCUGUGUGUGGGUACGUUCCGGAUGACUAUGUGAUCACGCUCUCCGUAGCCGAUGUGAGUAAGACGUUUAAGCAGGUCAACAUUCACAAGGCAGCAGGACCAGACGGAUUACCAGGACGUGUACGCCGAGCAUGCGCUAACCAACUGGCAAGUGUCUUCACUGACAUUUUCAACAUGUCCCUGACUGAGUCUGUAAUACCAACAUGUUUCAAGCAGACCACCAUAGUCCCUGCGCCCAAGAACACUAAGGUAACCUGCCUAAAUGAGUACCAACCCGUAGCACUAACGUCUGUAGCCAUGAAGUGCUUUGAAAGGCUGGUCAUGGCUCACAUCAACACCAUUAUCCCAGAAACCCUAGACCCACUCCAAUUUGCAUACCGCCCAAACAGAUCCACAAAUGCAAUCUCUAUUGCACUCCACACUGCCCUUUCCCACCUGGACAAGAGGAACACCUAUGUGAGAAUACUAUUCAUUGACUACAGCUCAGUGUUCAACACCAUAGUGCCCUCAAAGCUCAUCACUACGCUAAGGACCCUGGGACUAAACACCUCCCUCUGCAACUGGAUCCUGGACUUCCUGACGGGCCGCCCGCAGGUGGUAAGGGUAGGUAACAACAUAUCUGCCACGCUGAUCCUCAACACGGGGGCCCCUCAGGGGUGCGUGCUCAGUCCCCUCCUGUACUCCCUGUUCACCCAUGACUGCAUGGCCAGGCACGACUCCAACACCAUCAUUAAGUUUGCUGACGACACAACAGUGGUAGGCCUGAUCACCAACAACGAUGAGACAGCCUAUAGGGAGGAGGUCAAAGACCUGGCCGUGUGGUGCCAGGAUAACAACCUCUCCCUCAACGUGAUGAAGACAAAGGAGAUGAUUGUGGACUACAGGAAAAAAAAGGACUGAGCACGCCCCCAUUCUCAUCGACGGGGCUGUUGUGGAACAGGUUGAGAGCUUCAAGUUCCUUGGUGUCCACAUCACCAACAAACUAUCAUGGUCCAAACACACCAAGACAGUCGUGAAGAGGGCACGACAAAGCCUAUUCCCCCUCAGGAGACUGAAAAGAUUUGGCAUGGGUCCUCAGAACCUCAAAAAGUUAUACAGCUGCACCAUCGAGAGCAUCCUGACUGGUUGCAUCACCGCCUGGUAUGGCAACUGCUCGGCCUCCGACCGCAAGGCACUACAGAGGCUAGUGCAUAUGGCCCAGUACAUCACUGGGGCCAAGCUUCCUGCCAUCCAGGACCUCUGAGGAAGUCCCUAAAAAUUGUCUAAGACUCCAGCCACCCUUGUCAUAGACUGUUCUCUCUGCUACCGCACGGCAAGCGGUACCGGAGCGCCAAGUCUAGGUCCAAAUGGCUUCUUAACAGCUUCUACCCCCAAGCCAUAAGACUCCUGAACAGCUAAUCAUGGCUACCCAGACUAUUUGCAUUGUCCCCCCCACCCCCCUCUUUUACGCUGCUGCUACGCUGUUUAUUAUCUAUUCAUAGUCACUUUAACUCUACCCACAUGUACAUAUUACCUCGACUAACCGGUGCCCCCACACAUUCACUGUGUACCGGUACCCCCUGUAUAUAGCCUCCCUACUGUUGUUUUAUUUUACUGCUGCUCUUUAAUUAUUUUUUACUUACCUAUUUUUUACUUAACACUUAUUUUUCUUAAAACUGCAUUGUUGGUUAAAGGCUUGUAAGUAAACAUUUCAUUGUAAGGUCUACACACCUGUUGUAUUCGGAGCAUGUGGCAAAUAAAAGUUGAUUUGAUCCAAUAUCCAUACUAGUGUACAACAGAAUGCAUUCCCAAUACAGUGAUUCACAGUGAUUCAUUCUAUGUAGUAUGCUAGCGUGGAUAUUGGAAGUACAGUUUGUGUAUGUGUUGGACUUGUCUGGACUUGUAAUUUGGGAAAAUGUGUAUUCAGAUACAGUAUGUAUUUCUCUGUAGGCCUAAACCAGUUAGUUCUGAUUGUCAGCAAUUUCUCAUGUUUCAAACUUUUCACCUCUUUCCGGCAGGUCCUGUGUCAAAUGACGCUGAGGAGGACACCGGCUUCACUGGGAGGCGCUUUAACUCUAAAAUGACGGUCUACUCGGGUUCAAAGACGUCCUAUCUGCCCAAGAUGAUGAGUCUGUACGAGCAGUGCAUCAGGGUGCUACAAAACAACAUUGACUGUGAGUGUUGUCUGCUUUUGACACUAUUUCAGUUUCUGUUAUCACAUACACUACCAGUCAAAGGUUUGGACACACCUACUCAUUCAAGGGUUUUUCUUUAUUUUUACAAUUUUUUACAUUGUAUAAUAAUAGUGAAGACAUCAAAACUAUGAAAUAACACAUAUGGAAUCAUGUAGUAACCAAAAAAGUGUUAAACAAAUCAAAAUAUAUUUUAUAUUUGAGAUUCUUCAAAUAGCCACCCUUUGCCUUGAUGACAGCUUUGCACACUCUUGGCAAUCUCUCAACCAGCUUCAUGAGGUAGUCACCUGGAAUGCAUUUCAAUUAACAGGUGUGCCUUCUUAAAAGUUAAUUUGUGGAAUUUCUUUCCUUCUUAAUGCGUUUGAACCAAUCAGUUGUGUUGUGACAAGGUAGGGGGGUGUACAGAAGAUAGCCCUAUUUGGUAAAAGACCAAGUCCGUAUUAUGGCAAGAAACGACAGUCCAUCAUUACUUUAAGACAGGGGUGUCAAACUCAUUUUAGCUCAGGGGCCACAUGGAGGAAAAUCUAUUCCCAAGUGGGCCGGACCGGAAAAAUCAUGGUGUAUAUAUAACUUAAAAACAACAACUUCAGAUUGUUUUCUUUGUUUUAAUACGAUCAACAUACAACAUAAAGCUGGAGCCUGAGGACAGUGUGUCCAAAAUAGUACAAGCACAACAUCACUAUUAAUCAUAAAACACGUCAAGUUUAUUUGAAAAUUCUAAAGAAAAAGAACACACAAACACACAAUGCCUCAGUGAUUAACAGAACUGUUUCACAGAUCACAGAACUAUAUCAGGGUGUCAUUUCUCAGGCAGAAAUGUAGAUAAAAAUAAUGAAAUCCUGUUCCCCAAACAAGUGCAAGAACCACAGAGUCAAGAAUAGGUUAAAUAUACAAAUAAAAUAAAAUCAAUUAAAAACAAUAGCACAUCAACAUAAAAACAUAUAAUCAUAAAGCUGGAGCCUGAGGACAGUGUCCAAAAGCACAACAUCACUAUUAAUCAUAAAACACCAAGUUAUUUGAAAGUUCUGAGGACAAAGAACACACAAACACACAAUGCCUCAGUGAUUCACAGAAGUAUAUCACAGAUCACAGAACUAUAUCAGGGUGUCAUUUCUCAGGCAGAAAUGUAGAUAAAAAUAAUGAAAUCCUGUUCCCCAAACAAGUGCAAGAACCACUGAGUCAAGAAUAGGUUAAAUAUACAAAUAAAAUCAAUUAAAAACAAUAGCACAUCAACAUAAAAACAUAUAAACAUAAAUCUGAAAGCGUUGCUCAAACUCCCGUAACAGUCCAGUUAUUUUAUCUUUGAACCGCUUCAUGUCUGCCACAUGUUGGGUCGCGCACACAUUUUUCAGACAGGGGAAGUGAGCUGCAUCACCACCGGCAAGUUGCGUCUCCCACAAUGACAGCUUCAACUUGAAAGAACGUAUGCUGUCAUAAUACUGCGUGACAACUUUGUUGCGCCCUUGCAGCUGUUUGUUCAAGUUAUUCAGGUGCUCUGUAACAUCCACCAGAAAUGCAAGGUCCGGCAUCCAUUCUGCGGAAUGAAAUUCUAACACUGGUUUGCCCUUUUCUUCCAUGAACUGUUCAAUUUCUUCUCGUAAAUCAAAGAAACGCCUCAGCACAGCACCUCGGCUUAACCAUCUUACCUCAGUGUGGUAUGGCAGGCCAUAGAUGUGGUCUUUCUCUCUGAGAAGGCUGUCAAACUGACGGUGAUUCAGGCUUCUGGAUCGGAUGAAAUUAACAGUUUGGAUGACCACCUUCAUGACGUUAUCCAUCUUUAAUGACUUGCAACACAAAGCCUCCUGGUGCAAAAUACAGUGAAAAGUCAAAAAAUCACGUCCUCCAUUUGCAGAUUGCACUUUCUCUCUGAACUUUGUCACAACGCCUGCUUUUUUCCCGAUCAUUGAGGGCGCACCAUCUGUAGCCAGGCUGACAGCGCGGGACCAGUCCACUCCGACCCUGUCCAGCGCGCCGACGAGUGCGGUAAGAAUAUCAGCUGCUGUCGUUGUAUCUGUCAUCGGCACCAACUCCACAAACUCCUCGGUGACGGUCAAUGUGUCAUCAACUCCGCGGAUGAAAAAAUGGCCAGUUGUGCAACAUCUGUAAUGUCCGUGCUUUCAUCAAUUGCAACCGAAACGCAAUAAAUGACUUUACUUUUUGCUUCAACUGGCUGUCCAAAUCCACUGAAAGAUCGGAAAUCCUGUCUGCAACUGUGUUUCUUGUCAGGCUGAUAUUUGCAAAAGCCUGCCGCUUUUCAGGGCACACAAUCUCCGCUGCCUUCAUCAUGCAUGUUUUACAAAUUCACCCUCACUAAAUGUUUUUGAAGCCACUGCGAUUUCAUUAGCAAUGAGGUAGCUAGCUUUCACUGCAGCGUCACUGAUGUCUCGGCUGUGAGUAAACACAGACUGCUGUUUCUUCAGACCCGCCAACAGUUCAUUCACCUUCUCUCAUCUCCGCUGUCCUUGAAAGUUGUCAUAUUUGUCGGCAUGAAGACUCACAUAGUGGCGACGAAGGUUAUAUUCUUUCAGCACUGCAACAUGCUCUGAACACACCAAACAUACAGCUUUCCCAUUCAAUUCCGUGAUUAAAUAGGAUGACCAUUUUUCUUGGAACACUCUGCACUCUGCGUCCACUUUUCUCUUUUUUGACAGAGACAUAUUGGGGCAAUGAGGGUGCCAAAGCACAUAAUGUUAAAAGUAGAAGCCGUAAUAAAUAUCGCGGGCAAAACAAAGUAGCUCAUUGGCUGCACGUGCUUGACCUACUUGCUCUGCCCCGGUAUAAACAGUUUGCUUGCUUAACACAAUUGCUAUUGCGCCAUCCAGUGGACGCAAUUGGAACAGUAGUUUAUUUUAUUGAAAAAUUGCAACGCAUUUUUAUACUUAAAUUAUUAUAAAAAAUAAAAAAAAUAAUCAUCUCGCGGGCCGGAUUAAACCCGUUUGCGGGCCUGAUCCGGCCCGCGGGCCGUACGUUUGACACCCCUGCUUUAAGACAUGAAGGUCAGUCAAUACGGAACAUUUCAAGAACUUUGAAAGUUUCUUCAAGUGCAGUCUCAAAAACCAUCAAGCGCUAUGAUGAAAUUGGCUCUCAUGAGGACUGCCACAGGAAUGGAAGAUCCAGAGUUACCUCUGCUGCAGAGGAUAAGUUCAUUAGAGUUACCAGCCUCAGAAAUUGCAGCCUAAAUAAAUGCUUCACAGAGUUCAAAUCACAGACACAUCUCAACAUCAACUGUUCAGAGGGGACUGUGUGAAUCAGUCCUUCAUGGUCGAAUUCCUGCAAAGAAACCACUACUAAAGGACACCAAUAAGAAGAGACCUGCUUGGGCCAAUAAACAUGAGCAAUGGACAUUAGACCGGUGGAAAUGUGUCCUUUGGUCUGGAUUCCAAAUUUGAGAUUUUUGGUUCCAACAGCCUUGUCUUUGUGAGACGCGGUUUGGGUGAACGGAUGAUCUCCGCAUGUGUAGUUCACACCGUAAAGCAUGGAGGAGGAGGUGUUAUGGUGUGGGGGUGCUUUGCUGGUGACACUGUCUGUGAUUUAUUUAGAAUUCAAGACGCACUUAACCAGCAUAGCUACCACAGCAUAGCUACCACAGCAUUCUGCAGCGAUAGGCCAUCCCAUCUGGUUUGGGCUUAGUGGGAUUAUCAUUUGUUUUUUAACAGGACUAUGACCCAACACACCUCCAGGCUGUGUCAGGGCUAUUUUACCAAGAAGGAGGGUGAUGGAGUGCUGCAUUAGAUGACCUGGCCUUCACAAUCCCCCGACCUCAACCCAAUUGAGAUGGUUUGGGAUGAGUCGGUCGGCAGAGUGAAGGAAAAGCAGCCAACAAGUGCUCAGUAUAUGUGGGGAAAGCAUUCCAGGUGAAGCUGGUUGAGAGAAUGCCAAGAGUUUGAAAAGCUGUCAUCAAGGCAAAGGGUGGCUAUUUUGAAGAAUCUCAAAUGUAAAAUAUAUUUUGAUUUUUUUAAACACUUUUUUUGGUUACCACAUGAUUCCAUAUGUGUUAUUUCAUAGUCUUCACUAUUAUUCUACAAUGUAGAAAAUAGUAAAAAUAAAGAAAAACCCUUGAAUGAGUAGGUGUGUUCAAACUUUUGACUGGUACUGUAUUUAGUUAACUUAGUCAAGUGUAAAUUAUAUGUUAAUAUAGUAUACCUAACAUCUCCCAAAAGAGAGAAGGCGAAGACAUGGAUCACUUACCCCAUUUAUAAUGGGCUAUUGUUCAAACACCACCAACUUAAUUGUUGCGUGGAUUCUUAUGGCUGCUGGCCCACUUAGAUCCACUUGCACACACUCAUAAAAUCAUUUCACCAAAACUAAGAGCAACACCUGACGUCCUCUUUAACGUUACACCCCCACGGAACAUUAACUGUUAGUGUGCCUUACUCCCCUAGGACUUUUAUAGUUGUCUAAAUCCAGGAAAUGUAUUCUAACCACAGCUCUGUUCAUGCCUCUAUUUUCAAAUCACACUAUCGUUGUUUAUCUUAGAGAUACUGGACACCCUGCUGAUUGUGUCAUUGUAUAAUGAGAUGCUUACUGUAUGUUUGUCCAGCAAUUGAUGAGGUGGGAGGCGUGCCUUUUGAGAUUCUGGAACCAGUACUAGAGCGAUGCACUCCAGAACAGCUUUACCGCAUUGAGCAGUGCAAUCAGGUAACACACACACAAUCAACCUAGCGUCUCACACAUAAAUGCACAAACCCUCACCCAGUACGAUAUGGUCAGUGAGCUUGUAGUACACAAGCUCUCAUUCCCUGCCAAGACAUACUGUAUACCAGGAACACCCUAGGUGAAGUGUAUAGAUAAAAACUUGACUCCUAACUGUAAUACUUUGAGCAAUGAAUGGUAUUUACUCUCACUACUAAAUUGGAGGAUAUACAGUGCCUUCAGAAAGUAUUCACAACCCUUGACUUUUUCCACAUUUUGUUGUGGUACAGCCUGAAUUUAAAUUAGAUUACAUUUAGAUGUUUUGUCACUGGCCUACACCCAAUACCCCAUAGUGUCAAAGUGGAAUUAUGUUUUUAGAAAUGUUCACAAAUUAAUUACAAAUGAAAAGCUGAAAUGUCACUAAGUAUUCAACCCCUUUAUGGCAAGCCUAAAUAAGUUCAGGAGUAAAAAUGUGCUUAACAAGUCACAAGUUGCAUGGAUUCACUCUGUGUGCAAUAAUAGUGUUUAACAUGAAUUUUGAAUGACUACCUCAUCUCUGUACCCCACACAUACAAUUAUCUGUAAGGUCCCUCAGUUGAGCAGUGAAUUUCAAACACAGAUUCAACCACAUAGGUCAGGGAGGUUUUCCAAUGCCUCGCAAAGAAGGGCACCUAUUGGUAGAUAGGUAAAAGAAAAGCAGACAUUGAAUAUCCCUUUGAGCAUGGUAAUUACACUUUGGAUGGUAUAUUAAUACACCCAUUCACUACGAAGAUACAGGCGUCCUUCCUAACUCCGUUGCUGCAGAGGAAGGCAACCGCUCAGGGAUUUCACCAUGAGGCCAAUGGUGACUUUAAAACAGGAAACUGAGGAUGGAUCACCAACAUUGUAGUUACUCCACAAUACUAAUCUAAUUGACAGAGUGAAAAGAAGGAAGCCUGUACAGAAUACAAUUAUUCCAAAACAUGCAUCCUGUUUGCAACAAGGCACUAAAGUAAUACUGCAAAAUGUGGCAAAGCAAUUAACGUUUUGUCCUGAAUAGAAAGUGUUAUGUUCGGGGGAAAUCCAAUACAACACAUUACUGAGUACCACUCUCCAUAUUUUCAAGUACAGUGGUGCCUGCAUCAUGUUAUGUGUAUGCUUGUAGUCGUUAAGGACUGGGACGUUUUUCAGGAUAAAAAAGAAACUGAAUAUACUGGAGUUGCUAACCAAGAAGACAGUGAAUGUUCCUGAGGGGCAGAGUUAGUUUUGACUGCUUGAAAAUAUAUGGCAAGACCUGAAAAUGGUUGUCUAGCAAUGAUCAACACCCAAUUUGACAGAGCUUGAAGAAAUCUGAAAAUAAUAAUAGGCUAAUAUUGUACAAUCCAGGUGUGCAAAGCUCUUAUAGACUUACCCAGAAAGACUCACAGCUGUAAUCACCACCAAAGGUGAUUCUAACAUGUAUUGACAGGGGUGUGAAUACUUACAUAAAUUAGAUUUCGUGGUCCUCUGUAGCUCAGCUGGUAGAGCACGGCGCUUGUAACGCCAAGGUAGUGGGUUCAAUCCCCGGGACCACCCAUACACAAAACAUUUUAUGCACGCAUGACUGUAAGUCGCUUUGGAUAAAAGCGUCUGCUAAAUGGCAUAUUAAUUAAUUAAUAUUAAUUUAAUUUUCAAUAAUUUGCCUAAAAGUCUAAACACAUAUUUUCACUUUGUCAUUAUGGGGUAUUGUGUGUAGAUGGGUGGGUGAGGAAAAAAUAUAUUUAAUCAAUUUUGAAUUCAGGCUGUAACACAACAAAAUGUGGAAUAAGUCAAGGGGUAUGAAUUCUUUCUGAAGGCACUGUAUUUGAUGUCAAAACUCUUGUAAAUUGUAUUGUACUUGUAGUUUAUAAUUUUAACCCACAUUUUUCCUCUCAGUGUUUUAUGGAGGACUCUGAUGAGCUUUGGCAACGCCACUGCCAGCGGGACUUCAAGCGUGAGACGCCCCAGGAGUACGAAUCGUGGCGGGAGAUGUACCUGCGGAGGCACGACGAGCGGGAGGAGCGCCUGCGCAAGCUCACCCAGAACAUCAGCUCGGCCCAUGCCAACAAGCCCAAAGGUGCUUUCUCUAUGUCCUAUCUAUGAGCUGAAUCCUACUAUACAGUAGUUAUUACUAAGAGUUAUUUCAUCAAUGAAAGUGUACUGAGGGUGUUUAUUUUGAGUGAGCAUAUGUUUAUGUAUAUGUGUGUAUUUUCCUCGCAGGUCGACAGGUUAAAAUGGCAUUUGUGAACUCCGUCGCCAAACCUCCACGUGAUGUCCGCCGGCGACAGGAGAAGUUUGGCACCACAAGCACCUCCACCGCCAGCUCCACCGCAGCUGCUGCUCCGAUCAAGUAUGUAGACACUAGUGUGCAUACCACUAUCAAACACUUUAUAGUAGUGCAUGUUGGCACUUCCAUGUUUAUUUUUUCCCUACUUACAUUUCCAUAUACGAAGACAUGAUUGGCUGAAUGGUAACUUUAUAUGCUAACAUGUAAUUCAGACUCUCAAACUUAUUCUCAAAGGUCCACUACAUCAUAUUUUCAUCUACAAGUUGACCGUUAUGAUUCUAUGUGAAUUGUUGCAAUGUCAUCAUGGGGAAUUCUAAAGGUUACCAAGUUCACGCAGAGGGGUUACGAUUCCUUACAUUGAAAUAAAAUGUUGAAACUCCCCCUGACGUUUUCUGGCUAUUCCGAACUUACAGGAGGACACACAGCUUCAGGGAUGCCAGAGUAGCCAGAGGACCAUAUGUUAAACAGGAAAAGCAAGAGACUGCCGCUAAAGAUUUUCCGGUGUUCAAUCUGACGACAGGGUGAGGAUAGAGAGGCUAAAAGAGAAGAGGAGCACAUACAAACAUUCCGGAAUUUCUUUCAUGUCUCCACCACCAUCAAACAUUUUAUGUUGGCACUUACAUUUUCAUUUACACAGAAAUGCUUGGCUGAAUGCUAACUUAAGAUAAUAUGCACUACAUCAUAUUUGUAUCCAAAAUUUGACCCAAAUAUGUCUUGUUUGAGGAAUGAAUGGUCAUAAGAUAUUGUAAAGGUUCAACACUGGAGGAUGAAAUGGAAUAGAGACAGACAUUCUGACGUUUUCUGGCUGUUCCGAAUAUGCAGGGAGACGGCGAGCUUCAGAGACAUUGUGAAAGCCUGACAGGAAAAGAAAGCGAGACAGUAGUUCAAUCCGACGACAGGUUGAGGAUAUAUAGCGACUAGGCUACAUGAGUAAAGAAGAGCAAAUAGAAACUUUCUUGAAAUGUUGAUCAUAUCGCUUAAUAGUUCUCAGAGAUGGAGCUUAUAAUGCCCCCCAGACUUGAAAACAUACUAUUACGAAACUAUACUGUUUUGUAUUUCCCUGUACACUGAUUGGGUAGACCUUCCUGUUUUUUUUUCUUCUUCAGAAUAAGGCCAGCCAUGUCUUAUAGCUCUCACUCGGCUGAGCCCAGCCACUCCUCCUCUCACGACAGUCCCCCUGAGACCUCUCGCUCCUCAGGUCCCAGCGGUGGGGGUGGCCCCAGCGCAAGAGACAACAAGCCACAGGUCAAAAGUGAGUAUCGUGUGUGAGAAAAUGGGUGCAUAAAUAUAUAUUGGACUCAACAUUCAUGUAAAUAAAUAAAUAAAACAUUUUGACUUUAAUCUGUGUUGAGAGGACAUGUCUACGUGGCUAACUUUUCUGCUGUUACAAUGUCACGUCUGUUUGUCUUGCAGAAAUCGCCCCCAUGAUGGCCAAAACUAUCAAAGCUUUCAAGAACAGAUUCUCCCGCCGAUAG